UGAUAUUUAAAAUAUAUAUAUUUUAUUACAAUGUAUUUACAAUUGCAUAUCUGCAGCCAGCACAUUUGUGUUCCAACCCAACACCAUCACAAAGAAUCAAUGAACCAUCAAGCUCUUGAGAAGUUGAAUCUGCUAAAGUGCAAAACUUUUAAAUAGAGUUCAAAUGUGAACAUUAGUAGUUUAAGAAAUAGUAAUACUAUGAUUUUUUUCUGCUUUGAACUUUUAGAACUGAACUUGACUAUUGAUAUUGCAGCAUCUGGGUAGAAGUGUCUAUAUUAUUGAUGUUGCAGCCUCUGGGUAGAAGGGUCUAUAUUAAUGAUGUUGCUGCCUCUGGGUAGAAGGGUCUAUAUUAUUGAUGUUGCAGCCUCUGGGUAGAAGGGUAUAUAUUAUUGAUGUUGCAGCCUCUGGGUAGAAGGGUCUAUAUUAAUGAUGUUGCAGCCUCUGGGUAGAAGGGUCUAUAUUAUUGAUGUUGCUGCCUCUGGGUAGAAGGGUCUAUAUUAUUGAUGUUGCAGCCUCUGGGUAGAAGGGUCUAUAUUAAUGAUGUUGCUGCCUCUGGGUAGAAGGGUCUAUAUUAUUGAUGUUGCAGCCUCUGGGUAGAAGGGUCUAUAUUAAUGAUGUUGCUGCCUCUGGGUAGAAGGGUCUAUAUUAUUGAUGUUGCAGCCUCUGGGUAGAAGGGUCUAUAUUAAUUAUGUUGCAGCCUCUGGGUAGAAGGGUCUAUAUUAAUUAUGUUGCAGCCUCUGGGUAGAAGGGUCUAUAUUAUUGAUGUUGCUGCCUCUGGGUAGAAGGGUCUAUAUUAAUGAUGUUGCUGCCUCUGGGUAGAAGGGUCUAUAUUAUUGAUGUUGCAGCCUCUGGGUAGAAGGGUCUAUAUUAUUGAUGUUGCUGCCUCUGGGUAGAAGGGUCUAUAUUAUUGAUGUUGCUGCCUCUGGGUAGAAGGGUCUAUAUUAUUGAUGUUGCUGCCUCUGGGUAGAAGGGUCUAUAUUAAUGAUGUUGCUGCCUCUGGGUAGAAGGGUCUAUAUUAAUGAUGUUGCAGCCUCUGGGUAGAAGGGUCUAUAUUAAUGAUGUUGCUGCCUCUGGGUAGAAGGGUCUAUAUUAAUGAUGUUGCAGCCUCUGGGUAGAAGGGUCUAUAUUAAUGAUGUUGCAGCCUCUGGGUAGAAGGGUCUAUAUUAAUGAUGUUGCAGCCUCUGGGUAGAAGGGUCUAUAUUAUUGAUGUUGCAGCCUCUGGGUAGAAGGGUCUAUAUUAAUGAUGUUGCAGCCUCUGGGUAGAAGGGUCUAUAUUAUUGAUGUUGCAGCCUCUGAGUAGAAGGGUCUAUAUUAUUGAUGUUGCAGCCUCUGGGUAGAAGGGUCUAUAUUAUUGAUGUUGCAGCCUCUGGGUAGAAGGGUCUAUAUUAAUGAUGUUGCAGCCUCUGGGUAGAAGGGUCUAUAUUAUUGAUGUUGCAGCCUCUGGGUAGAAGGGUCUAUAUUAUUGAUGUUGCAGCCUCUGGGUAGAAGGGUCUAUAUUAAUGAUGUUGCAGCCUCUGUGUAGAAGGGUAGAUAUUAAUUAUGUUGCAGCCUCUGGGUAGAAGGGUCUAUAUUAAUGAUGUUGCAGCCUCUGGGUAGAAGGGUCUAUAUUAAUGAUGUUGCAGUCUCUGGGUAGAAGGGUCUAUAUUAAUGAUGUUGCAGUCUCUGGGUAGAAGGGUCUAUAUUAUUGAUGUUGCAGCCUCUGGGUAGAAGGGUCUAUAUUAAUGAUGUUGCAGUCUCUGGGUAGAAGGGUCUAUAUUAAUGAUGUUGCAGCCUCUGGGUAGAAGGGUCUAUAUUAAUGAUGUUGCAGCCUCUGUGUAGAAGGGUAGAUAUUAAUUAUGUUGCAGCCUCUGGGUAGAAGGGUCUAUAUUAAUGAUGUUGCAGCCUCUGGGUAGAAGGGUCUAUAUUAAUGAUGUUGCAGCCCUUGAGGCAGUUACUUGAGAUGACAAUGCACCUCUUCACAGGGCUCUUCACACUAUCCUCCUGUCAGUAUCACUAUGUAAGGGACCCUAAAAACUGGACUGAAGCACAGAGGUACUGCAGAGAGAAGUAUACGGACCUGGCCACCGUAAGCAACAUGGAGGAUAUGAACAGACUGAACCACUUGACUAUAGACAGCGGUUAUGAUGGUGCAGUGUGGAUAGGACUGAAGAAGGGACAGUAUUCCAGGUGGCAGUGGUCUCUGGCAGACAUAGACCACUAUAGUAAGGGACAGACUCAGUUUAGUGAAUUUUGGGACCAAAACCAGCCAAACAAUUUGAAUGAAGAUUGUGGUGUCAUGACGACUUCUGGAAAAUGGCACGACUAUUGUUGUACUACUCAACACUUUCCAGUGUGCUACGACGGGACUAAGCCUCCAGCUGGUCAUUUCCUAAUGGUUCAACAGCUAAUGACCUGGAGGGAGGCUCAGCUCUACUGCAGGAAGCACCACACAGACCUGGCCAGUGUGAGGAACCAGACUGAGAACAAAGAGAUCUGUAACGUGGCCGGGAGUAAUAACGUUUGGAUCGGCCUGUUCAAAGACACCUGGACGUGGUCGGACCAGAGUAACUCCUCGUUCAGAUACUGGGUCGACAGACAACUGAACAAGUCCUGCGCUGCUUGGAAUCGCAGUACCUCAGGCCAAUGGAUAGACAGAGAAUGUCUGAAGGAAUGUCCCUUUGUUUGCUACGACCCAAGACCCCCAACAGUCAAGAAGAUACAGGUAGUGAGAGUGCGGAUGACCCCAGACCCAAACAUGGACCUGAAUGAUGCUAAGAAGAGGGAGGCCAUUUUACAGCAGAUAAAGGAGAAAAUGAAGGCCAAUGGGAUGACUUGGAACUUGGAACUGAGAUGGAAAGAGCAGCUAGAUGAAAAGGUCUUCCACAAGGAAGAGAAGAAAGAGAACGACAGAGAGAAAAAAAGGGAGCCGAAAAAUAAGGAAGAGCUUUGAAUAGAAGCACAUGGAGUUAGUGUGCGGAUCGGUUGCCAUGUUAGUGUGUGGAUCGGUUGCCAUGUUAGUGUGUGGAUUGGUUGCCACCUAUAAUUAAUGAUUCCCUUCUCAUCUCACAUUGUAUUAAUUUAUCAUGAACCAUUAUUAACUAUGAGAAUUCCCGAGAAGCAGGUGUUUAGAGGAUAUAUUUGCAUCGUCUCAGGCAGCAAACAAAUAUAUCCUUCAAACACCGGCUUCUCUGGCAUUAUCACUUUUACACAACGGAUUACCAACAUAUUCAAAUAAUAAUUUGAGGAAGUCGUUCAGUCUUUUUGUUAUGCAUCUAUGGACACGACCCAGUCGUUCCUUCUAAAUGUUCCAUAGCCAUACUGGCUGGCAACGUUCUUAUCCUUUGCUUGCUAGCUAGCCAACUACGGUUAACUUAGUCACAUCAAACAGUGCAGCCAGAACAACAACAGUAGCUGCAUUUGUUUAAGCUGUUUUCUAGUGACAUUUACUUGGAUACAUAUAUAACAAUGAGCUAAUGAUGCACGAUUUCUCCUGGCAUAGAAAAUGUGCUCUCUUGUCAGGACAUUGUCGUUCAAAGGAGACAACAACACAACUAACACAAUCACUAAAAACUGAAGCUGGAAAGACUGCAAACUAGCUGCACUUCGUUUUGUUUGACCUUUUUUCAAUGUACAUUUCUGUGUAUAUAUAUAUCCACAAAAAUUAUGCCAGCUGAUUCAUGAUUUGUAUGUAUGGGACAGCUGGAGAUUGAAUUUGAAUAUUGAAACAAUGUUGCAAAUGUUGGAGACAGACAAAGGUUUAUACAAAUAUCUGCUGUUAAACUAAAUAAUAGUCUAAAAAAAAUGUGAAACAAUGUCUAGAUACUUUUUUAUAGUGGAGAACAAGUUUAUAAAUUGCCUGGCUGGGCUGAUGAUACAGUGGAAUGCACAGUCAGAUGCAACAGAGUAAAUAGGCAUUUUAACGUCAUUGAUUUAGCCGGUGGUAACUUGUGGAAUAGACACCAGCUGGAAUGCAGUUUAAACCAAUCAGCAUUCAGGAUUAGACCCACCCUCUGUAUAAGGUACUAUAUUCUAUCCAUACUAUUACAGUAUGCCAUGUUGCGGUUUUAUUUGAUGUUUAAUUAGCUUGUUCUCUUCAUGAUCUGUUCAUUAUUUCUAUCAAUGUCUUUGGUCACACUACAUAAUGCCAACCAAAUUAUUCAUAAGAAAAUGUAAUACUUAUUUCUCUUGAAUAUGUGAAAUAAAUUGAAAUUUUAUUGUAAA